UCCAGACGUUGGAGUGAGUUCAGGUUCUCCAGAACCAAAGUGGUUUCUCCAUCAGAACCAUGUCUGCUGUUCUGUCUCUCCUGUUCUGUCUGGUUCUUCUUCAUGUCUGUGGAUCUUCUGAUGAGGUUCUGGAGGAAUUCUGGACCUACAGAACAUUUACGGAGAGAAACUGGAGGUUCUGAGGAUCCAGAACCUUCUGGAUCUCCUCUGAUUCUCCAUGAAGAACAGAAUCCUCUGAGAUGCUGAAGAAGAAAUGAAGUCCUCCUCCUUCAUCUCUGUGUUCUUCUGCUGCAGGAGUGGUGGUGUUGAUCCAGUCAAUCAGCAUAAAUCUUACAAGAACCGAGUGUUUCUGCUGGACCCUCAGAUGAAGGAUGGAGAUCUGUCUGUGGUUCUGAAGAACAUGAAGAUUGAAGAUUCUGGAACAUACCAGUGUAGAGUCCUAGAACAGAAUGAUCCACAAAGAGAAAUGAAGCUGAUCUCCACCAUCAACCUGCAGGUGUCUCCUCCUCCUCCUCCUCCUCCUCCAGGUCUGAUCACUGCUAAAACUGGAGAUGACGUCACUCUGAGAUGUGGAGAUACAAACAUCAACGAGGUUUUAGUUUUAGAGUGGAUCAGAACUGACCUGCAGGAGGAAGAAUAUGUGUCUUUUAGAAUGAAACCUCCUGCUGAUCCUGAAGGUCGACCUGAAUCUUUCAAGAACCGAGUGAUUCUGAAGAACAGUCAGAUGAAGGAUGGAGAUCUGUCUGUGGUUCUGGAGAACGUGAACAGUAAUGACACUGGAACAUACCAGUGUAGAAUCCUCCAAAAAGGAAGCAGACGGAAGAGAUCAGCUGAUCAACCUCAUCCCAUCUCCACCAUCCGUCUGGUGGUGUCUCCUCCUCCUCCAGGAGAGGAAGAUGGAGCCAGUCAUGGUCAUCUUGGUCUGAUCGCUCUGCCAGUUCUUCUUCUUGCUGUUCUGGUUCCUGCUGUUGGUCCCCAGAUCAAAAAGAAGAUAAAUGGUUCAAACCAAAGUUCAAGAAGUUCCAACAAGCAGCAGACUCCAGAACAAGAUCUUCUGAAUUCUGAUUGUAAAGCAUAAACUCUCCCAGCUACAUCUACUAAAUAUAUAGAUUUUCUCAAUUGUUUUGGGGUGUUUCUCUAUGAAAAUAUUAAUUCUUACUUGUUUCUAUCAUUAUUCUUUAGUUUUUGUCAUGUCUGUCAAAAUGAUCUAAAAUCUCUAGGCUAAUCAGUCAUUUUUGUACAACUAAUAAUCUUCAAUUCAUUGAUUGUGUCUUUAUGUCAAAAAUGUACAUUCUUUUUAAAUGUAAUUGUUAGGUCUUUCCAUGAAUAUGUGCAUAAACGUUAUUAAAGAGAA